AUGGCAUCCGCAACUCAAACCCCCGACCUAAGCGAAAAGGCCGUCGAAGCCGCCAACGACUUCUUCGCCCAACUAUACGCCUUCUUCGAGCUAGUCAUAACUCGCUUCUGCACAAACAGCUACAAAUCAAUCGCCGACAUGUCCGGCAAACGCUGGACAAAAGUAAUCGGAAGCGUAAUCUUCUAUAUCCUGGUGCGGCCCUACAUCGAAAAGGGCUUUAAAUGGCUGCACGACCGAGACCGCCGCUUGGAGAAGGAGAAGAAAGAAAAGGAGCGCGCUGAAUUCGGCAAGGCGAAGGUAUCCGCCAACUCCCUGCGCGGGGGCAAGGCAUCGACUACCGUUUCGGCCUCGGGCUCUUCUUGGGCUGCUGCUGCUGCGGCUGAUGGGAAGGGUCGGGUUCUGGGCGAGGUUGAGGGAUCUGAUGAUGAGGUUGAGCUUGAGGAUGAGGAGGAUAUGUUGCCUCAUGCUAGUGGGGUUGGGUCUGAGUGGAAUAAGAUGGCGAGGAGGAGGCAGAAGAAUUAUCUUAAGAGUGUGCGGAAGGAUCAGCGUGCUGAGGAUUUGAGUCGGGAUCAGAUUAUGGAGUUGCUGGAUUGGAGUGAUGAGGAGGCUGCUAAGAAGGAUGCUUGA